AUGUCGCUGACACCCAGAUCCUCUGUUCCCAUGUUCCUCCUCCUCGUUCUUCUCCUUCCUUUGGCAGCAGAUUCUUCUCUUCACGAAGUUCUCCAUAGCCAUGGCUUGCCAGCAGGGCUCUUCCCUCAGAGUGUAAAGUCAUACAAUUUGGACCACACGGGUGGUUUGGAGGUGCACCUGGAUCGUCCCUGUUUGGCUCAGUACGAAACAAGAGUGUUCUUUGAUAGUGUGGUGAGGGCUAACCUCAGUUUUGGACAACUCAAAGUGUUAGAGGGCAUGUCGAGGGAAGAGCUUUUCUUGUGGCUACCUGUGAAAGAUAUCAUAGUGAGUGAUCCAUCGUCUGGACUCAUUGUUAUUGAUAUUGGUCUUGCCUAUAAACGCCUCUCUUUGUCUCGGUUUGAAGACCCCCCAAUUUGUAGAUCUCAAGGUCUUGAGCUUAAGAUUGGAGGAAGGAAGGGUGUUGGUUUUGAAAUUCAGAGAUGA